AUGAAGUUUCUUCCAUUGAUCCUGGUUCUGCAGGUCACUGCUGUUGGAGCUGUUCCCCUGAAUGAUUUAAGCCCUGAAGAAAAUCAUGUGGUAUUUGCUCAGAAGUUCUUGGGAAAGUUUUAUGGGCUGACGAUAGAAACAACGCCAAUGACAAAAAUUAAAGUCAAUGGGCACUCCAUGGAGGAUAAAAUUCAGGAAAUGCAGCAGUUCUUGGGGCUAAAUGUGACCGGACAACUGGACGCACCCACUCUGGACAUGAUGCACAAACCUCGAUGUGGAGUGCCCGAUGUUCAUAAUUUCAUGUUCAUGCCAGGGAGGCCAGUAUGGAAGAAACAUUUUCUCACCUACAGAAUCAACAAUUACACCCCUGACAUGAGGCCUAAGGAUGUUGACUACGCCAUCCAGAAAGCUUUUCAAGCAUGGAGUAAUGUGACCCCCCUGAAAUUCAGAAAGAUUGAUGCAGGCGAGGCUGACAUCAUGAUAAAAUUUGCACUUGGAGAGCAUGGAGACUUCAAUUCUUUUGAUGGCCAAGGGGGAGUCCUAGCUCAUGCUUUUGCACCUGGACCUGGUAUUGGUGGAGAUGCACAUUUUGAUGAGGCUGAAAUCUGGACUAAAAACAACAAAGGCACAAACUUGUUCCUAGUUGCUCUUCAUGAGCUUGGCCAUUCCUUGGGUCUUGGCCAUUCCAAUGAUCCAACAGCCAUAAUGUUCCCGUAUAUUAACUACAACUCAUUUCAUCUCUCUGCUGAUGACAUACGUGGCAUUCAGUCUCUCUAUGGACCCCCAGAAAAACAUCAACCCUCAUCAAAUCCUGACAGUUCAGACCCAGCUGCUUGUGACCCCAAUUUGAGUUUUGAUGCUGUCACUACAGUGAGAGAUAAAAUAUUUUUCUUUAAAGACAGGUUCUUCUGGUGGAAGCAUCCUGAGCGUCCAGAGAGGAGAGUUAGUUUAAUUUCUUCUUUAGGUGCAAACUUACCAUCUGGUAUUCAAGCUGCUUAUGAAAUUGGAUUCAGAAAUCAUGUUUUUCUUUUUAAAGAUGAUAAAUACUGGUUAAUCAGCAACUUGAAAUCACAGUUAAAUUAUCCCAAGAGCAUAUAUACUUUGGGCUUCCCUUACUCUGUGAAAAAAAUUGAUGCUGCUGUUUUUAACCCCCGUAUCUAUAAGACCUACUUUUUUGUAGAUAACCAGUUUUGGAGGUAUGAUGAGAGGAGGCACAUCAUGGACCCCGGCUAUCCCAAAUCGAUUACCACAUAUUUCCCAGGAAUUGGGCCUACAAUUGAUGCAGUCUUCUAUUACAACAAACAUUACUAUUUCUUCCAAGGACCUGAUGUGCUUGAAUAUGAUGUCCUAUUCCAUCGUGUCACCAGAAGGCUAAAAAGCUACACGCAGUUUGGUUGUUAG